UCUCCUACUGCUUUGAUCGGCAAAUUCCCUCUGCUCCGGCUUCGACUCUCAAAUCUCAAUGGCUUCUUCGAGUUCCGGUAGCUCAAUUCCGGCGCCAGAGGCAGUUCAGGUUCUGGUCUCUUCGCUCGCGGAUGAAUCGCCGCUGGUCAGAAAAGCCGCCAUGGCUUCUCUCAAGGAUAUAGCCGUUCUGAACCCGCUUCUGGUCCUUGAUUGUUGCUCUGCGGUCUCUCGAGGCGGUCGAAGACGGGUUGGGAACAUUGCUGGACUGUUUCAAGUCAUGGCGAUGGGAGUUGGAGCGUUGGAUAAAGAGGAUGUUGAUCCUUCUUUCAUGGCAAAGCUCGCGAAGAUCGCCACUGCCGAAAUUGUCUCUUCUAAGGAAGUCAAUACAGAUUGGCAAAGAGCUGCUGCUAGCUUACUUGUUUCGAUAGGAUCCCAUCUACCUGAUCUGAUGAUGGAGGAGAUUUUUCUUUAUUUGUCUGGACCUAGUUCAGCUCUGCCUGCUAUGGUGCAAAUACUUGCAGAUUUUGCUUCUGCUGAUGCUGUGCAGUUCCUUCCAAGAUUAAAAGGUGUACUUUCUCGCAUUCUACCCCUUCUUGGGAAUGUACGAGAUGUUCAUCGGCCAAUUUUUGCAAACGCAUUCAAAUGUUGGUGCCAGGCUGCUUGGCUGUACGAUGAUGAUUUUCCGUCAAACACCUUUCUUGAUGGUGAUGUCAUGUCAUAUUUGAAUUCCGGUUUUGAGCUUCUAUUGAGAGUGUGGGCAACUUCACGUGACCUAAAGGUUCGGGCAUCUUCUGUGGAAGCAUUGGGUCAAAUGGUUGGUCUUAUAACCCGUACACAACUGAAGGCAGCUUUGCCCAGGCUUAUCCCCACUAUGUUAGAAUUGUGUAAAAAGGAUCAAGAUGUUGCCCUUUUGGCUACUAUCUCUCUCCACAAUCUCUUAGAUGCAGCUUUAUUAUCAGAAACGGGUCCACCAAUGCUUGAUUUUGAGGAUCUCACGGUUAUUUUAUCUACUCUUCUCCCAGUAGUUUGCGUCUACAAUGACAGAAAAGGGCAUUCAAAUUUUUCCUUGGGUCUUAAGACCUAUAAUGAGGUUCAUCGAUGCUUUAUGAUAGUUGGCAUGGUGUACCCCGAUGAUCUUUUUACAUUUCUCUUAAAUAAAUGUCGUUUGAAGGAAGAAUCUUUGACUUUUGGGGCCAUAUGCGUUUUAAAGCAUCUUCUCCCUAGGUCGUCUGAAGCUUGGUAUAAUAAAAGGCCUUUACUUGUUGAAGCUGCAAAGUCCUUGCUACAAGAGCAAAGUAUGUGUGUCCGACAGGCUCUAUCCGAGUUGAUUGUGGUCAUGGCCUCACACUGCUAUUUUGUUGGACCAUCUGGAGAAAUAUUUGUUGAAUACCUCGUGCGCCAUUGUGCUCUAUCAGAAACAGAAAGAAGUGAUCCUGGAAAAUCUAAGCUUACCCAGUUCUCUUUUCCUCAGAUGAAGAUGGGAUAUUUUAGCCUAGGAGAGUUGAGGGCAGUAUGUGAGAAAGGUCUUCUCCUUUUGACGAUUACUAUUCCUGAGAUGGAGCAUAUUCUUUGGCCUUUUCUUUUGAAGAUGAUUAUUCCACGCGCUUAUACUGGUGCAGUCGCUACAGUCUGCCGAUGCAUCUCAGAGCUGUGUAGACAGAAGUCUUCUAAUAAUAAUAUACUCUCUGAGUGCAAAAGUUGGUCUGAUAUACCUAAUCCUGAGGAUCUUUUGGCCCGCUUGUUAGUGCUUUUGCAUGAUCCCCUGGCUCCAUCACAGUUAGCAACUCAGAUUUUGACUGUCCUUUGCUAUUUGGCUCCUCUCUUCCCAAGAAACAUUACCCUAUUUUGGCAGGAUGAGAUUCCUAAAAUGAAGGCAUAUGUCAGCGACACGGACGAUUUAAAGCUGGAUCCUUCAUACCAAGAGACAUGGGAUGACAUGGUAAUCAAUUUUCUUGCAGAAUCUUUAGAUGUAGUUCAAGACAAUGACUGGGUGGUUUCCCUUGGAAAUGCUUUUACAAAUCAGUAUGAGCUGUAUGCACCAGAGGAUGAACAUUCUGGACUUCUUCAUCAGUGCCUCGGCAUGCUUUUGCAGAAAGUUGACGACAAGGUUUAUGUUCAAGAUAAGAUAAAUUGGAUGUAUAGACAAGCUGAUAUUGCUAUUCCAUCCAACAGACUUGGUCUGGCAAAAGCCAUGGGACUGGUUGCCGCAUCUCACUUGGAUACGGUUCUGGAAAAGUUGAAAGACAUUCUGGUUAAUGUUGGGCAAAGCAUUUUCCAAAGAUUGUUGUCUUUAUUCUCUGAUAGUAGUAAAACUGAAGACUCGGAUGACAUACAUGCUGCAUUAGCUUUGAUGUAUGGAUAUGCUGCAAGAUAUGCUCCAUCAACAGUUAUUGAAGCCAGGAUAGAUGCACUUGUUGGAACUAAUAUGCUAUCGGAGCUUCUUUAUGUCCGCCAUCCUACAGCAAAGCAGGCUGUAAUUACUGCUAUUGACUUAUUAGGUCGUGCUGUCAUCAAUGCUUCAGAACAUGGAGCGCCAUUCCCCCUGAAAAAAAGAGAUGUUUUGCUGGACUAUAUAUUAACACUGAUGGGCAGGGAUGAUGAUGAAGAUUUAGCUGAUUCCAGUCUAGAACUUCUGCGAACUCGGGCAUUGGCUUUAAGUGCCUGUACCACUUUGGUUUCGGUGGAGCCAAAAUUGACAGUAGAAACAAGAAAUCUUGUUUUAAAGGCAACCUUAGGAUUUUUUGCUGUGCCAAAUGAGCCAGAAGAUGUCGUAAAAUCCCUAAUAGACAACCUUAUAACUCUGUUGUGCGCAAUCCUCCUUACUAGCGGAGAGGAUGGAAGAAGUCGGGCAGAGCAGCUACUGCAUAUUUUGAGACACAUUGAUCAAUAUGUUUCUUCAGCGGUUGAUUAUCAGCGGAAAAGAGGUUGUCUUGCCGUGCAUGAGAUGCUUCUUAAAUUCCGGAUGCUUUGUGUGAGUGGAUAUUGUGCAUUGGGCUGCCAUGGUAGUUGCUCUCAUGGCAAGCAAUUGGACCAUACCACGCGGGCCAAUUUUCCUAACUUACCAUCCGCAUUUGUAUUGCCAAGUCGUGAAGCUCUUUCACUGGGGGAGAGAGUCAUUGUGUAUCUACCUCGUUGUGCAGACACUAAUUCUGAAGUUAGAAAAGUUGCUGCUCAGAUUCUUGAUCAGCUGUUCAGCAUUGCUCUCUCACUUCCGAAGCCUGUUGGAUCUAGCUCCAGUGUGGAUAUUGAAUCGUCAUAUCUGGCUUUAUCCUCACUUGAGGAUGUUAUAGCCAUCUUGAGAAGGGAUGCAUCCAUUGAUCCAUCAGAGGUUUUCAACCGAAUUGUUUUUUCUGUGAGUGUUUUAUUGACAAAGGACGAGCUUGUAGCAACCUUGUAUGGUUCUGCAGCAGGUAUAUGUGACAAGGUCAAGCUGUCAGCUGAAGGGACUAUACAAGCAGUUAUUGAGUUUGUUACUAAGAGGGGGCAUGAACUGAAUGGUGCUGAUCUUUCAAGGACAACCCAGUCACUACUCUCUGCCGCAAUACAUGUAACUGAGAAGCAUAUGAGGUUGGAGACUAUUGGAGCUAUUUCUUCACUUGCUGAAAGUACGAGUUCUAAAAUUGUCUUCAAUGAAGUAUUAGCAACUGCUGGAAAGGAUAUCAUCACAAAGGACAUAUCUAGAUUACGAGGAGGCUGGCCGAUGCAGGAUGCUUUUUAUGCCUUCUCUCAGCACCCUGUCCUGUCAUCGGAGUUUCUGGAGCAUCUGAUAUAUGUUCUUAAUCAGACCCCUGUUGGUAAAGUGGAUUUGGAUAAAGGAGAGAUCUCUCAUAAUUUCCCUGAUGUCCAAAUGGAGGAUGAGAUUCUUCAAGCUUCUAUGUUCGCUCUGACUGCCUUCUUUAGAGGUGGGGGUAAAGUUGGAAAGAAGGCUGUUGAGCAAAGUUAUGCUUCUGUUCUUGCUGGACUUACACUCCAGUUUGGAAGUUGUCAUGGUCUUGCCAGUUCUGGUCAGCUUGAACCAUUACAAUAUCUUCUGGCAGCGUUCCGUGCUUUUUGUGAAUGUGUUGGAGACCUUGAAAUGGGAAAGAUACUGGUCAGAGAUGGAGAGCAAAAUGAGAAGGAGAAGUGGAUUACUGUCGUUGGAGAUAUAGCAGCCUGCAUCUCCAUAAAAAGACCAAAAGAGGUCCAAACCAUUUGCUCGAUUUUAACUAAAUCGUUGAACCGUCAUCAAAGAUUUCAAAGAGAAGCUGCAGCUGCUGCCUUGUCAGAGUUCGUUCGGUACAGUGGGGAAUUCGGCUCUGUUUUAGAGGAAAUGGUUGAGGCAUUGUGUCGACAUGUAUCAGAUGAGUCUCCAACUGUCAGACGCCUCUGUUUAAGAGGGCUUGUGCAGAUACCAUCUGUUCAUAUUUCUCACUACACAACUCAAAUACUUGGUGUAAUAGUGGCAUUGAUGGAUGAUGCAGAGGAAUCAGUUCAAUCAACUGCUGUUUCUUGUUUACUCAUGAUUCUUGAGUCUUCCCCCAAUGACGCAGUGGAGCCUAUUUUGCUUAAUCUUUCAGUCAGACUCCGCAGUCUCCAGGUGUCCAUGAACCCAAAGAUGCGAGCCAAUGCAUUUGCAGCCUUUGGAUCCCUUAGCAGUUAUGGAGUUGGUGGGCAGCAUGAGGCAUUUCUUGAACAGAUACAUGCUGCCAUGCCCCGGUUGGUUCUGCACCUUCAUGAUGACGAUCUUAGUGUCCGACAUGCAUGCCGAGUGAGUGAUCACCCUUGUCCCUGGACCGACUAUGAAGGCUUUCUGAGAGAACUAACGAAACAGUUCGUCCAACAUCUUCCGUCAAGAGUCGACACCUACAUGGCACUCACAAUACAGGCUUUCGACUCUCCAUGGCCAAUCAUCCAAGCAAAUGCAAUAUAUUUGGUCAGCAGCUUCCUAUCAGUCUCAGAUGAUCAGCGUACUUUAUCCCUUUACUACUCACAGGUGUUCGGGAUGCUGGUUGGUAAAAUGAGCCGGUCACCUGACGCUGUAGUAAGGGCAAGAUGUUCCUCCGCAAUCGGCCUCCUACUCAAGUCUUCCAAUUCCGUCUCCUGGAGAUCCGCUCGCCUCGACAGAAGGUCUAGUGACUGAGAUCAAACCACAACCCCCCAAACAAACCGACCAACAAAACCCCUACGGGAUCCUGUUCAUACUGGGAGUCUGGGACCACACUAGUACAUAUGUACAGUACAGCAUUCUCGUAAAUAGCGGUGUAGAGCGCUUCUCCUCCCGCGUUUGUACCUUCACCUUCGAUCCCCCAAUGCUUCUAACCACAUCCACCACCUUUCUAGUGUGUUGCAUGAGUUUGUUGUUCCGUAGUGUGUAGUAGUGUGAUAGAACAGAACAGCCGCUGGUUUGUUUUCUUCUUUAAAUUUCAGGCUGGAAAGUUGUGUCCCCUCUAGUCUGAUUGCCUGCCAGGGUUGUCCAAUGUCAGACUGUCGGCAACUCAGCGUCUUCAUGCUCGUCGUCGUAAAAUCGGCAACUUACAUGUGCUCACACAUGGCAUGGGGUACGGUACGUUUGCUCUAUCCCUGUCUUUUAGCUUUUUGCUGUGUGAUUGUUGAGCAAGGUUGAGUAGAGUGACCUUCCUCUCGCCUGCAUUUCCCACAUGACGGAUCAACUCUUCUACAUCAGUUUGUGACAAAAGCACUUGCUUGCAGAUGCAGACGUUUAAGAUAUUUUUUGCAAGGGUAGCUCUCGGCGAGUUGGAUUCCGUAUUAACUCACAGAAUUCUUGUUUAUUUUGUCUCCUUGGCCGUUGCAAGCAAAAGCAAAAUUUGCUGCUUGCGCCCAAUAAUUGGAUGACGAUAACAACAAAUUUGCCAGUGAAACUCUGGCAUGUAGCCUUUGGACUAUGAGGUUUUGAGUUCGGCGUGUUUUAGUAGGACUGGACUUCUCGUCCGAUUAAAACAACUAAUUGCCGUGAUUAGGACGUAAACAAUUGCGACGGUGGGACUGUUGGUUAGCUCCCGGACUACACACCGGAAUUCCACAUCCGCCAAACUGUACAUGAAAAGCACAGGGUUUUUUUUAUAAGAAUGGGAACAUGCACCUUGUCUCAA